GGUAACUCAAACGAGAAGAAGAAACAGAUCGACUCAUCAUCUCUCUCGUAUCAUCUCCGAAACAGUCAAUCGGAAAAAGAAAUUGUGAGAAAUGGCUGAACCAAAAUCACCUAUGAGGAAGCCUGUUUUCACCAAGGUUGAUAGCCUGCGUCCUGGAACCAGUGGUCAUAAUCUGAUAGUGAAAGUUGUUAGUUCGAAGUUGGUGUUGCAGAAGGGCCGUCCGGAUGACCGUCAAGUGCGAAUUGCUGAAUGCUUGGUAGGAGAUGAGACCGGGACUAUACUAUUUACUGCAAGAAACAAUCAAGUUGACCAGAUGAAAGCCGAUAGCACUGUAAUCUUGCGCAAUGCCAAAAUCGACAUGUUCAAGGGAUCAAUGAGGCUCGCGGUCGACAAAUGGGGUCGUGUUGAGGUGACUGAUCCCGCCACUUUCAUCGUAAAAGAAUACAACAAUCUAUCACUUGUUGAAUACGAGCUCGUGAACGUGAUGGAAGAGUGACCGAAAGAAAUGCUUAUCUUUCAUGCUGUUAUCGUGCCAUAAGAAAAAAAAAUCUCGAUAGAGUUCCAUUGGUUUCUUGAGAUUGUGGAAUUUCUCGAUAAUUAUGCCGUUCUUCUAUCGGUCAUGAUUUUUGACGGAAAAAAUAGUAUUGUAGGUGAAAAAUUUGAAGAAAAUCUGAUUUUCUACGAGAGGAAAGUCCGACGAUAAGGAUUGGGAGAAUCGGUGGAACCUUGACGGAUUUUAACUCGAUUGGUUAAAUGUGUUCGAUGAGAUAAAAAAAGUGUUCGGUUUGGUUUGGUUUGGUUUUUGUUAUUAAGACUUGGGAUUUUGUUACGUGUUUUCGAAGUAUAAAAGUUUGCCGAGAGAUCAGUUAUCGAACGAUUUGUGUGCGAGUUUAUGAAUGUAUCGUGUGUUUAAUAACUAUGGGUCUAUUUAUUUUUCCGGU